AUGGGCAUGUCUCCGGUGCUCGUCGCCUGCCUCGGGCUCUCUGCGCUGCUUCUCAUCGGUGACGCGCUGCUGCGGCGGACCGUCUUGUCGCCGCUCAACGGCAUUCCGGGCCCGGCCCUCGCCCGCUUCACGUCGCUGGUGCUCAAAUGGCACGAGUUCAACGCCCGCCGCACCGCCUACGUCCACGGGCUGCACCGCCGGUACGGCCCCGUCGUGCGCAUCGCCCCCAACGAGGUCUCGUUUGCCUCGGCCGCGGCCGUCAAGGAGAUCUACUGCUCCGGCGGCAGCGGCUAUGACAAAACCGAGUUCUACGACUUGUUCAAGGUCUACGGGAAGAGAACCAUGUUUACCACAUUAAACAAAGAGCAUCACGCCCGGAAGAAGCGCAUCCUCGCCGAUCGCUAUGCCAACACCAACGUCGUCCGCCAGCCCUCUCUCGACGGCAUCGCUGAGCGGGCUGCCAACUUUGUCAAGAAGUGCUCCCAGUCCGUAGGCGGAAGCCUUGAUCUUUACGUACACCUCCACUCGUACGCCUUUGACUGCGUAACCCACCAUCUGUUCCACCCGUACGGAACAGACUCGCUCCAGACGGAGCAGGACGAGGCCAUCAUGCGCGAGGUGACGUUCGAUGAUAGCCUGCAGAACCGUCUUGUCGGAUACUACAGCCCUACACUGCACAAAGUCUUGGGGAAGCUGCUGUACUGGCUCGCCAAGCCCCGCCAGACGCCCCUGGCCGACAACUUCGUGCUCGGCACAUGCUCCAAGACGGACGCCGCGCCCUUCACGCUCCUCGACCGCAUGCAGGGGCCGAGCUCGGACCUGGACCAGCUCGACGUCGCCGCCGAGUGCCUCGACCACAUGGUGGCGGGGAUCGACACGACGGGCGACGCGCUGUGCUUUUUGAUGUGGGAGCUGUCGCAGCCGCGGUCGCUGCCGCACCAGGCGCGGCUGCGGGCCGAGCUGCUCGCUAACCCGGGCGCCGCCUUCGACAGGCUGCCGUUCCUCGACGCCGUGGUCCUCGAGGGCCUCCGCUGCUUCCCGCCCAUCCCCAUGUCGCUCCCGCGGCACGUGCCGCGCGGAGGCCGCGCCAUCGACGGCUAUGCCGUGCCAGAGGGCACCGUCGUCAGCUGCCAGGCCUACUCGGUGCACAGGAUCGACCAGGCCGUGUUUCCCAAGCCCGAAGUCUUCGACCCGGACCGCUGGUUGCACCCCGACGGCGACGCCGAGCGGAAGCGCCUGUUCUUUGCCUUUGCCAGCGGCGGCCGCGGCUGUGUGGGCAAGCACCUUGCGCUCGCCGAGAUGAAGGUCCUGCUGCGGGCCGUGUACACCAGCUUCACCACGCUCCCAGACCCUGCCAUGACUGCCGAGUCGAUGGACAUGUCGGACCAGCUCAUCUCGUCGCGUCCGCUCGGACAGGCGUGUUUGCUCGCCUUUAGCCCCGCCACCAGUCAGCCUUUGUCAACAGACUGA